UUUUCUAUCUUUUUAAUUUAUCUUUCUAAAUAUUCUCUACUCAGCGUCAAACUGAAGCUAAUUAACUUGUGUAUUUACUGUAUAAAUAUUUUUAAAAGCGUCAAUAGUUUCAUGAAAAGGCACAAUUUCCUUGUUAAGUUAAUUAGUCGAUGAGUUAAUUGAAGCUACUUUGAGAAAAGUAGCAACUAUUCGAAAAUAUUUGCAAAUUGAGUAGAAUAUGGGAAAUUUAAGUACUAACAAAUUGUUUAUAAUGUCCAAAGAUAGUUAGAAGAGACCGCUUUUCGAGAAAUCAAUAAGACAUUAAUCGAUUCCUUCCUGAUGCUUCUUACCAUGGCAACGUCUAGGCACCACGUGACAAAUGUAACAUUUAUACAGGAAACUGCUGCAGUCAUCUUCUAUAGCAUUGAUAUGCUUUUAAGAUCAUUUUUCAGUGAAAUUUCGUAAAUUUUUGUCCUUAAAAGGAAUAAAUUGAGAAUGGAUGAAACCAAGAUAAACGAAUCGAGCUUACCUCGUUCUAUAUCUACACCUGUAAUAAAAUCAGAGAAAGAAAUGGUUAAUGAAUUAACAAAUAAACAUAUGAAAAGAAGGCAAAUGCUGGCCGAUAGAAUGAUUCCAGUUUUAAUUGGCUUAUCUGCAUUUUUCAUUUUCUUUCUCGUAUUUUUGCAAGUAAAUUCAACAAAGAAAGCUUGUAACUUUGAUAAAAAAUCAAUGAAAACCGUAUGUACAAUUAAAGGAUUAUUAAGCAUCCCUGAAGAUAUAUCAAAGCAAUCCGUGUCUUUACACAUGGGUAGUAAACUCGAUAAGUUUGAAAAUCAUUUAAGCGUCUUAAAGAGAUCAAAUCUUUCUAAUUUACACUUACUUAUCGAACUAAAAUUGGUUAAAUGUGGUAUAGAAGAUAUAGAACCAAAUACUUUCUUAGAUUUACAAAAUCUGAAAAGAUUAGAUUUGAGCUAUAAUCGGAUUGUUAGUAUCAAUGAGCACAUUUUUAAAGGUUUACAAACAAUGGAAUAUAUAAUAUUAUCCAAUAAUCCGUUGACUGUCGUUGGUAAUAAUGUUUUCAGUGCUAUGAAUGUUGGAGAAAUAAUUUUCGGAAAUAAUCCUGCUCUAACUCAUAUUUCUAAGGAAGCCUUUAAAGAUUCAUCAAUUGGAAAAUUAGUUAUAAACCGUGCUAAUUUAUUUUCAGUGGAAAACGAUUCAUUCCUACCAAUAAGAAGCAGCCUUAAUGAAUUAGAUAUAACUAAUAAUUUACAAAAUUUGCAAUUGCCUUUUAAUAUAUUUGAUGGCCUUCACCUUAAAAGACUGUCUUUGGUCAACAAUGGUCUUAAAAAUCCUUUCUAUUUUUUAAAAAAGGCUAGUACAGAGAUCUUAAUAUUGGAUGAUAAUCCUUUGGAAGAUUUCGACCUUUCAGACGUCGAAAGCGUAAAAUCUAUUGUUGUUCUUAGUAUGAAUAAUUGUCACUUAAAGACGAUUUGCGAAAAGAAUUUAAAGAAUCUCAACAAUUUACAAGAAAUUUAUAUGGAUUCUAACCGCUUGAAAACUUUAAAUUUGACUAUAUUUGCUACACUAAAAAAGCUAAACAAAAUCGAUAUGUCUAAUAAUGAAAUCGAAGUUUUACAUCCAACGAUUUUAUCGGUAUUAAAAUCAAUAGAGACUCUAGAAUUGGAUGGAAAUCAAAUUCGUAGAAUUCCUGAAACGUUUCAGCCUUUGUUCGAGAGUUUAAAGUCAAUCACUUUGCACGCAAAUCCUCUUCAUUGCAAUUGUGAAUUGCGUUGGUUUGUAAAAUGGCUGGAAAAUUUUGGAGAUAAAGUGGAACAUCUGGAAAAGAUACAAUGUUCUACCCCCAUUCAAAAAAACAUAACUCUAAUCUCAAACUAUGGCUUUCAAUGUAGGCCUCCUACAAUUUUUAACGCAACUAUAGGAAGUGAUAGCUUAACAUUGGUUUGUAUGGCUGACGGUGAUCCUCCUCCUGAAAUUAUCUGGACUGUUUUACCUGAAGGAGUAACCCUAUUAGUAACGAAUAGUCCAUUUUCUAGAAGUAAUUUCAUGGUCAAAAGUGUUCUUACUAUCACCAAACAUGGAAAUUAUACUUGUAGCGCUAAGAACAUGGUCGGUAGUGAUCAAGUUAUUGUCGAUACGCGAAAUAUUCCACUUUCGGGUUUAAAAUUUGAAGUAGAAUCUCGGGAAAUAGAUAUAUUAGAGACACCUCAAGGUUUUAUAUUUACUGCCGUGUUAAUAUUUAUACUUGGGUAUAUUUUUAAGUAUUACUAAUGUUACAUAAAACGGUCAAAGGUUAUAAUAUUUUUUCCUGUAUGUGUUCCAUUGCUUAUUCUUGUCAAAAAUAUAAUUAAGAAAAGGAAGAAAACCUCUAGCAGAAGAAGAAAAGAAAACCUUUACACAUUGGUGUUUUUACUUUAUAAGUUUUAUUAAACCUUUUUCAAAUAUGUUUUUGCUAAAAAGUAUUAAUAAUUUAUUAAUAAAUCAAAUAAAAAUCAACCUUUAAACCA